AUGGAAAAAGUUUUAAGUUAUGAUUAGAUUGUAUAGAAAUUGAUAGAAUUUUGUCAUAAGAAUUAAGAUGAAGAAAUUAGUUAGAUUGAAGCAACUAAAAUAUUGAAUUAGAUGAGUAUUAAAAAUGGACAUUAAGAAUUUAACUAUGAGAUUGCAGUUGAAUUAUUUGAAAGAGUUACUUCUUAUAAUACAUAAUUAACAAUUCAAACAUUAGCCCAUGUAUUAUAUGAAGCUAAUGAUAUAAUAAUAAAUAAAUAUAACCAUGCAAUGAAUAGAGAAAUGUAUAUGGAAGAAUAAAAAGCAUAUCUAAAAUAAAUAAAACCAUAUGAUAAUUCAACAAAUCUUCACAUAAGCUAUGUGAAAAUAUAAGAAACUCAUGUAUAAAGACCAUAUAUAGUUGUUCUUAUAGGAGAAUUUCACCAUGAAAGUGAAAUACAAACAAGGAAUAAUGGAUGGUUUGAAUGGAAUCUUAAUGUUUAAAUUCCAGUUAAAUCUCUUGUAGCAGAUUUAAAAAUAGAAUUAUUAGAAGAUCAUAAUAUAGUUGCAAGUUUACAAUUACCUUUUGAAGCUUUGCCUAUGAAUGAAAUGAAGGAAGCUGAAUUAUAAAUGUAAAAUGUUAAUUGCCACACUUUAAUACAAUUAUAAUGUAUGCUGAUUAUUGGUAACAAUUAUCAGGAGUUAAUUGAUGAAAAAAUGAAUUUCUUAGAAAAUCAAACUUAAAUAUGCUAAGAAGAAUUAUUUCUACUCUAAUCUUAAUUACAUGAAUUAAAUAAACCUUUUUUUAGAGAUGUUAAUAUCUAACCAAAAUAUACUAACUAUUCUAAUAAGUCUAAUUUAAACACUGAAAUCUUUUUAAACAUUCCUGAUAAAAAUAGUCUCUAACCACCCUCUCUUUAAGCAACAGCUUUCAGAAACACUUCAUCAGCAUUAGGAUUCAAAAAGAUUGUAAUUGAGCAAGAGCGUAAAUUACAUUCCUAUCCUAUUAUGGCUAGAAUUGAUCUAUUAGCAACUAUUAUUGCAGUAUCAAUAUUUUAUAAAAUUAUAGGUACUCUCAAUGAUCAUUAAUUUUAUUACUCCCGAUAUAAGUGUUACUUAUAUUAUGAUUAUUGUAUUUUCAAUAAUGUUGAAACAUAAAUACACAUUGAUAUACAUCUUAAUUGUUGUAACUAUAGGGAUUAUUAUUGAAAUCUUUACUUUAAGCCAUUAGCAUCUCAACAUAUUUGCAAUAUUGUUAAUUGUUUUGAAUAUGUUAUUUAAUUUUGGAUUGCUUGUCCUUACAGGUUUAUUAUUAAAUGAUGUCGAAAAUGUGUCUAUUCUUAAAUCAAAGCUUUUACUACCUUUAUGA